UGAUAGACUCUCGCGUUUUUUUUUCUUUAAGGAACUGAGUGGAGUUAGUCAGUUGUCAACAGGCUGCAAUAGAAACCGAGUUGUAGAGACAACGUGGAACCGACAAUACAAACGUUUUUGUACGUUUCUCUUGGCAAAAAAAGCCUUUGGACUCAAGUCGGAUGUUCGGUGUAUUCAGAUAAAAAUGAAGUCCCCCACACGAAGCCCUCCGACCAUCAUGGACAUGUGAAACUUGACUCUGCAUUAGGCAGCUGAAAGUCCCAGGCUGGAUUGAAUGGCACUGAGGAUACAAGACUGCGACUCAGUGGGAGUACUGCAAUGACCAGCCAGCAUCCCAGCCAUGCAAACAGCACUCACUCCACAGACCAACAGCCACCUGCUGUGGCCCCCAAGCUCCAUGUGCAGCGUUCGCUGUCAAAGGAGAACAUCACCAUCCGCUUCUCAGCAGCUGGGAAGGAGGAAGAGGAGGAGGAGGAGGAGGAAGAGCUGUACUGUACAACAGUCUCCACUACCUCAGCCACUCAGGAUUACUCAAAUAUUGUGACAGCUUUAGAAGCGAGUGAGGAGAUGUUUGACGAGGUGCCACUGGACCCUGCAGCCGAGAUUGCUGUCAUUCCUGAAUCAACCAGACCUUCUCCUGUUUCUAGACAUCACACUAACAGUUCUCCCACACAAACUCUGUUAUCGCGUUUUGCUGAGCAGAAAGGCUCAACUUCUAAUUCCUCUCCUACUAAAUCUUUAAGCUUUCCCUCCAGUGACAAACCUCUUUUAACCUUGGUGAAGUCUCUUUCCUCUGAUGUUGAGGCUCGUGACCCAGUCUCUUCUGUUCCUGCUCCAUUGGUAAGGCAUAGGCAUCUGAUGAAGAAUCUUGCCAAAUCCUUAUCAAUAGAUACACACCAGGACUCCUCUUCUGCACCGUACCGUCUUACAGAAUCCCGUCUUAACUUGCAACUCUUCAAGCAAUUCACACAAUCCCGGAUGCCGUCUGCUACUGUGCCAUCAGCUAGUGAUUCUAAAACUGCCCCUUCCUCUCCGUUAACCUCACCAGAUAACCGCAGCUUCUUCAGAGUCUCUUCAGAUGUUGAGGCACGAAUUGAAGACACCAAGCGUCGAUUCUCUGAGCCAUCUCUUUUUUUGAGUAAGAUCAUGGAUGAAAAGAGUGGCAGCAGCAUUUAUCGGCCCAAAGCCCUCUCUACCAGUGCCUCCGAGCUCUCUCUUGCUUCUAUAAAUGGUCAACUGGAGAGCAACAACAAUUAUUGCAUUAAGGAGGAAGAAGGACCUGACAGUGAGGCUGAGAGCCCUAACAGCAAGACCUCUGGUCCACCCAAAUCAUGGGUUUCCCCCUCUGUUGACACUAAGAGCCCCAACAAGUCUUCUUCACUUGCCAUAUCAUUAGACAAGUGCUCCAUGUCUGCUCUUGCUAAGCAGGAAGAUGAGGACUUUUGCGUCCUAUACAGCGAUGACUUUGAAACUUGUACUGAUGAAGGUGAUGGUGGUGAUGGAACAGAUGAUACUGGAACUGAUAGUCAAACUAAGGUUCCACAAAGUGGUAGUACUGAACCAUGCAGUGAAGAUGAAUCUGAAAGUAUUGAACCGGCACCUAGUGUUCCACACUAUACUCUUAUCAUCAUUACUGUCCUGCUCUAUGGGUGUUUUGUGUUACCACUGCCCACUUACAUUGGUGGAGUGCUACUUGGGAUCGGGCUGGGAUUCUUUUUAGCCAUUGGUGUUGUGUGGCUAACGGGACCCAAACCUUCUGGUGUUUUUAGACAUUUUAGACGCCAUGGGAAGCUGUGGAAUCUAACCAAGUUGGACAUUAAGGAACCAGAAAUCUAUAAGGGCUGGAUGAACGAGAUAUCAAACUAUGACCCAGAGACAUACCAUGCCACACUAACACAGUCUGUGUAUGUCCGGUUGGAGGGCUCCAUCAUCCGCCUGUCUAAACCCAACCACAACAUCUCCCGCCGUGCAACACACAAUGAACCAAAACCUGACGUCACCUACAUCAGUCAGAAGAUCUAUGACCUGACCAACAGCAAAGUAUAUCUAGUGCCACAGAACCUGGCUAGGAAGCGUGUAUGGAACAAAAAAUACCCUAUUUGCAUUGAACUUGGCAAACAGGAUGACUUCAUGUCAAAGACAGAGGGUGACAGGUGGGAAGCUGGUGAGGGCAUGAGCGCAAGGGACAGAGGAGAGGGGAGUGGAGGUUCACAGGAGCGGGGGUCCAGCAGAGACCUCACCCUCUAUCUGUUUGGAAGGACUGGCAGAGAGAAAGAGGAGUGGUUCCAGCAUUUCCUUUCAGCUUCCAAGCUCAAGACAAACUUGAAGAGAAUUUCCAGUGUUGCUGGGACUAAGAGCGCUCUGAGCUCUCACAGUCGCAACAGCAGCCGCAGCAGUUUGGAUGAGGCACUGGCAUCUCAGCCCAGGUCAAGGGACUCCUCUGUCUCUUCAACAACAGCAGGCAGUGCCAAAACCAAGCCACUAUUGGAGUACAAAGUCUAUAUGGCCUCCUUGGUGCCAGAACAGGUGACCGGCAGCCCCCCAGCUGCCAGCCCACCUCUUCAGAGUCCUCAGAGCAGCCCUGGGGCCGACAAGAAGCUUCAGAGCGCCCCUUCAGCUCAGGUGCAGCCCAGGCAAGAGGAGGAGGAAGCUGUUGCCUGGGUAAAUGUGGCUCUUGGCCGGCUCUUGUGGGACUUCCUGUGCGAGCCCCACUGGGCUGAACUAGUCUCCAAGAAGAUUCAGAUGAAGCUCAGCAAGAUACGGUUGCCUUACUUCAUGAAUGAGCUAACUCUGACAGAACUGGACAUGGGCUCGGCCACCCCCCGAAUCCUUGGAGCAUCCAAACCCUCCAUUGACUAUCGAGGUCUGUGGUUUGACCUGGAGAUUUCCUACAGUGGCUCUUUCCUGAUGACACUAGAGACCAAGAUGAACCUCAUUCGUUUGGGCAAGGAGGGAGAAAGCCCCCGCUUAGGAGAAUUUGGUAAAGACGGAUACAGGCCACGGACUUACUGUCUAGCUGAUAGUGAUGAGGAGUCAUCCAGCGCAGGCUCUUCAGAUGAAGAAGACUCCUCAGAGCUCUCAAAUGACCCUGCUGGAGCAGAGGGUUUGGUUGGAGGCCACAAGCCGAGUAAAAUCAUGCGCUUCGUGGACAAGAUUGCCAAAUCUAAAUAUUUCCAGAAGGCCACAGAGACAGAGUUCAUCAAAAAGAAGAUGGAAGAAGUGUCCAAUACUCCCCUCCUGCUCACAGUGGAGGUACAGGAACUCCGAGGAACACUGGCUGUCAACAUACCCCCUCCACCCACGGACAGAAUAUGGUAUGGGUUUAGGACACCGCCUCAUCUGGAACUGAAGGCACGGCCCAAAUUAGGAGAAAGAGAAGUCACUCUGGCUCAUGUUACUGACUGGAUAGAAAAAAAACUGGACCAGGAAUUCCAGAAAAUUUUAGUAAUGCCAAACAUGGAUGACGUGUGGCUGACUAUCAUGCAUUCUGCCAUGGACACGCGCACGGCCAGUGGACCAUUAGUGGGCCCUGCAGUGGACCCUGAGCCUUCCUAGCCAGAGAGGGACAGCACCAGCCAGACACGAAGAUUGUUUACAGUAUUUCCUACAGUUUGUGAAGUCUCCAAAUGGGAACUGGAGUCCAAGUCAAUAGAUCAGGCGCUCCUCGAAUACAAAUACAUUUCUAUAGUGAGCGGGUUUCUCAUUUGCCAGUUAGGAGACCAUGUGAAUUUAAAAGGAACAAGUUGAGUUGACCAAGGAAACGCUAAAGGCUAACUGUCGCUUGCUGCUCUGUUCAGUAGUAUUCAUUGUGCCAGAAGAAAAGGUUGUUUAUGAAGAAUUUAUACAACCAUAAAGACCUAUUGAUUAGAGACUGGUACGUGAAGAGAGCCAUGCUCGGCUCAGAGUUUGGGGUGUUUGAAAUUGAUAAGAAAAAUGUAUGAAGUUACAUAAGUAUAUAAUGUCCUAUGAACACACUAACGUUGACGCAUUCACGUUAUACCUUACAACCUGCAGAAGACAUUUUUGCUAAGGCUAUAAAAAGAGAGCAUGGUGGCCUUUUUAUUAUAGAAAUAAGUGUGGAUUUACAAUAUGAUAGAAAAUUAGAAGUGUUUCACAGUGAAUGAUGCAUGUAUGAAGGAGAGUUGGCAUUUAAAUUCUUCAGAAUUAAGUGUAAUGGAAGAGCUCAAGCACUAAACCUUGAAGUGAAUUUAUGUGAACGGCUUUUGAUCAGGUGUUAACUAACAGUAUUCUUGAACACCCCCUUCAUUUGCCAAACCUGUCUUUUAAUGCCAAUAAUCCCGUUAUCCAUGUCUCUGGAAAUAAUUCUGAGGAGCAUUCGCUAUGUAAAUUGCAAAUGACAAAUACACAAACACAAUAAGUGCAAUGAUAGAAACGCUGCAUAGGCUUUACUAGGGUCUUGUAUAGAUAUUUUAAAGCGUAUGUCUGAUGAGAUGUACAAGGCCUCUAAUAUCUGUAGAAUCUAUGUAUGAAUAUUUUUGGUUCCUGUUGUUAUUAUAUGAAUAUCCUCUCCUGAUUGGGGUAUGUGAAUUGUUGCACAAAUACAAGUAAUUUUUUGCUUUUUGUUUUUCUUAUGAUAAAUAUUAUCUCAUCUUGCAUCUUUCUAGGUGUGUCAUACAAUCAUGUUUAUGGAGUACCAGGUCUUUACAUCAUUUAUACUUGAUGGUGUUAAUGAUGAUGAUUAUGAUAUUGGAAGUUAAUUAAAUGACCAACUUCAAUAUGUGACAGUGCUUUAAAAACAAAAACUACCUGUCGUACUCUAAGUAGAGAAACACUUCAAUGUAGUUAACAACACUGGGGUAAAGUUAUAGUACGUACUAUAGAGGAAAGCAACUCUUGCCAAGAAUGUACAGCCUUAUCUACAGGUUCCCCUUCAGAGAAUACCUUUUUAACCAUAUUUCUAAUCGUAACCAAAGUCUUUUGAUUAGGCCUCAAGUGCCAGAUCUCUCUCUGCUCCAAGGUACACAUCCUGUAUGAAUAUAGCAUUUAAAGUAAGAUUUACAAAUGCACUACAGUAUCUGCAGUAACAUUUCUUACGAGGAUUCUUGCCUUGUUUUCAUUUGUUGCUAUCAGCAUACUGAAGCACAGUAAUACAAAAUUUAUCUUUUUUUUUGUAUAAUUUUGUUUUCUUUGAUAGUAUUUGUUUUUGAAUGACUAAAUGAGGGUUAUGGUUGUGUUUGUCUACUUUGGAAUAAAGAGAAUGAGAAGAUUUUUAAGGAUAUAUGGUAUAUGAAGAUCAUGUCAUAAUUGGUAGAUGUGAAAUAUGGAGGACUUUUUUUAAACGCUUACAUGUAAUUUUAAGGCCAAAUUCAGUGUGCAUCUGCCUUAUUUAUAGAGCAAAUUAAAUGUCUGCCAAUGAAUUUUUUUUUUUUUUUGCUUCAAAUUUUGUACUCUAAAUUGGAGAUAAACCCUGUUUGCCUUGUUUAUUUGCUCCAGAGUGAAAUAAAUCUUUUUUGUGAGGCCUGUA